AUGGGCACAGGCAGCCGCCUCCUGCUACUCCUCCUGCUACUCGUUCUCGUCUCCCUCUUCUUCUGCAUAAGUGAAAUCCACACCAAAACACAAUCAUCCCACAGGACAUUGAGAAUAUGGCCGCAGAAUGCCCUCAGCAUCACCCAGGUGACUUGCGCCGCCUUCUUCCCCAUCGCCUUCGCUACCAUCACCUCCUACCUCCCCGUCACCAGUGAUUUGCGAGUAUGUUUGCAAGUCGGGAUUGGCCUGCAUGCCGUAUCUGACAGGGGGGGACUGGCCUGCCUGGCUUCGCUGCUCGCUUGCCUUACCCAACGCUACGCCUACCCCGCCAUCAAGAUCGAGCUUGAUCUUGCCAAGAUCAAGCAGAAGGAGACCGAGGAGGAAGCCCAGAAGAUGGGGAAGCAGCCCGUCAGUGAGGGCGAUAGCAGCGAUUCUCUCGAGAUGACAACUUAG